GCGAAUUAGAUUUGGAAUAAUUCUAUUAUUUUAUAUUUUGUUAUUAAAUACUCUUUUAUUAAAGAAUAUCAUUUUGUUCCAUAGUAGCCACAAAUCCAAAUUCGACAAUUCUUUUUCGAAGUAACAGCUGCGGUUUAGUGACAAUGUAAAUUACAGUGUAAUUUUAAAUAUUCUAGUGUAAUGAAUCCAUGGUACCAUACUAUAAAAGAAAAAUAAUUAUAGUAUUUAUAAAUAUGGCCAUGAUAACGAUGUCGUGAUUUCGAACGCUGAAUUAAGUAUUAGUUGUUGAAUCAUUUUGUAUACGAGAUUUUGUCAAUAAACUAAAAACUUUUUGUAUUAUUUAAUCGGUAUAAUUCAAUAUAUCUAUUUGAGUUUUUUUUAAUGAAUUUUACGUGUGCAUUUAUCAGUUCAUUUAUUCGGUAAAUAUUGCAAAAAUUGUUUUUUAAACUCAUAUAUAACCCUUGUCAUCGAACAACUGCAAAAGACAAGUAAAAAUAAAAAACAAGUUAUACUUAUUCCAUCAAUUUUUCGUAAAGCUUGUCGCAAUUCUAGUAAAAUUUUACAUUCAAAAUGGCAGCUACGAGAAGAUUGCAAAAGGAGUUAAAUGAACUAAAAGCAUCAGCCAUGAAAAACUUUACAAAUAUUCAAGUAGAUGAAUCUAAUAUUCUAAAUUGGCAGGGACUGAUUUUACCGGAUAAUCCACCUUACAAUAAAGGCGCAUUUCGUAUUGAAAUCAAUUUUCCUGCAGAAUACCCUUUUAAACCUCCAAGAAUAACAUUCAAAACAAAAAUAUAUCAUCCAAAUGUUGACGAAAAGGGUCAAGUAUGUUUACCAAUUAUUACUGCAGAAAAUUGGAAACCCGCUACUAAAACCGAUCAAGUCAUUCAGGCCUUAAUUGCAUUAGUAAAUGAUCCUGAACCGGAGCAUCCGUUGAGAGCGGAUUUAGCAGAGGAAUUUUUAAAAGACAGAAAAAAGUAUCUCAAAAAUGCAGAAGAAUUCACGAAAAAGCAUGCGGAAAAAAGACGAGAAACAUCAGCAGAAUAACGUUGAUUUAUCGAAACUCACCGCGAUGCCUACUAUCUGGAAAAUUAUCGUAAUCAAACCGAUUGUUUUACAAUUUGAAUUCGAGACAUGUUCCGUGUACAGUAUUGGUUGAUUAACGAUAAAAUCAUAUUAAUUAUAAUAUUUAUAAGAUGAAAUAAAUAAUAAUAAACUUUUAAGAUUAUCAUAAAGUAUAAGCAUAUUGUAUAAAAACUGCAAUUGAUAUGAUAAUUGUAGAGUUUCUAUAAUCCAAUGUGUAUUAACAACAACGAGGUAUAUCGUAAAUUGUGACUACUAUUAACCUUAUACAAAAAAAUAUAGAUGUGCUUUACCAACAUCAUAUAUUUAACUAUCUGAUUUUAUUUUAUUUUUUAAUAUUGAAA